AUGGCGACACUUGUCCCGAAUAAUCGCAAGGAAUCUGGCUUGCCGCCCGUUCAGAAGAAGAUCUCGUCAGUUUCCCCUUUUUCCCUGUUUUUACUGUUCAUUUUGAACAUUCAGCUUCAUACAAAUGGCUGUGAUUCCCAUCAAUGAAGCCAGCGGCGCCCCGGCAAAAGAACAGAAGAAAAUCUCGUGAGUAUUUUUUUUUCAAAUUUUUUUGGGAUAGAGCGAAAUGAAUUAUAGGCUUCUAGUGCUAGUAGAGCUGAAAAAUAAGAUUAAAAUUCAAUAUAAUUCUUAUGAGAAUUUGCCCAUUGAGCGCACAUUUUGUAAGCCAAACGCAGCUAUUUUCUCUUUUUCUUGAAAAAUAAUUUUUAGUUCGAAGUUGAUCGUGAAGUCUUUGAAAUCCCUUGGUAAGACUAGAAUUCCUUUGCCAAGACUUUUUUCUCUGAGACGCUCUCGUGUUCACGUGCUCUCUUCUCUGUUCUCAUGACCUCGUCAAUGAUAGAAAAGAGGGCGCAGACUGGUCAGUCAAUUUGACGAAUGUAGUGGAAAAUUAUUCGCUUCUUCUGAAUCUGAGUUCCUUUCAGAGCAUGGUUUGCCCUGGCGAAUCUUCUCAAAACAAUGGUAGGCCCUGGAUGUUUCUCCUUGCCGUUGGCUUUCAAACAAUCCGGUUGGGUGGUAAGUUCUUCAUCAAACUAUCCAGUUGCAAAUAUCUGACACUGUUGAAACGGGAGGUUGAUACAAGCAGAUACCGGAUAGCAACUCAAGUCAAUCGACGUAUCGUAAUCGGUGGUUGUAUGCGACCGGGUACUAUCUCUAUCUACCUGGAUAGUACCUGAUCGGUAUCUGGAUGCUACCGGGUAGGUAACUUCUCGAUUGCUACUGGUCGGCACAUCGGUCGUUUAUAUAGCCCCAGUGUUUUUAAGCCUUCCAGGGUCUUAUUGGAUAAAGUUGAAACAAAAAAUAACGACCCGGGAGGCAAUCGCGAAUGUCAGGUAGCAAACCCGUAACUACUUGCAUCGACCCCCGACCCAGGCAUCAUAGAGGUAGUACCCGGUAUACAAACGACCACCGAUUUCCAUACGCCGAUUGAAUUUUUCAAAAGUUGCUAUCCGGUAGCUAUUUGUAUCGACUUCCCGAUUCACCUUUAAAUGGAUGACUUUCCAGGCAGCCUUGACAAUAAUCGUAGUUCAAUGCUACCUGUCGAUCGUCACCAUGAGCAAGCUGGUCAAGUGCUCCAAUCACAUUGCUAGAAAGUUGACUUUCUCCAAUUUUUUUUUUGAGGUAAUCAAGGUUUUCAGUGAGAAGUGCGGUCCUUUGAACUACGGGCGGAUGGCUGGAAAGUCGACGGAACGAAGUUGGAGACCGAUUUCCAAGUUUUCCAUGAUCGCCGAGUUCAUCGUCAAUCUCUCGAUUAUCGCGUUGCAAUUGGGAAUUUGCUGCGUCGCCUACAUUUUCGUCGUCUAUCAGACUCACGAGGUACGUUGCGGUCGCGGUCCAGAGUGACAUUAAGUUUCUCAUGUAAUCCUCAUCAAACGUGGUUCUUUCCUGCGGAAAUUUUCAUUUCCCGACUCGAAACGGCUUACGACCAGUGUUCAUAUUACUGAAAAUUCUCAAUUUUCGCGCAAAAUUAAAGAUUUAGACUUGCAGCUCCUCCACCUGGUCCUCAACGAAGUCCCUGACCGACAUGCGUUGUUCCCAAUGUGCCUUCCAGCCUUCCUCAUCAUCGGAUCCAUCACUUGUCUUCAUUUCCAAUCUGUUGUCAGCAUCGUCGGCAACGGAGUGAUGCUCAUUGCCGCUGUGACAGUUCUCUGGGUGCGUCUUGGACUGAGUUAAAUAAAAUCAAGUAUACUCUUUCAGCAACUUCUGAUGGCUGAUCACCAGCCUCUGUCAUCCCUACCGAUGGUCGGAGGCUUCACAGGGAUCGUCACGGCUGCUGGAGCUGUUCUCUACGCCUUGGAGGGUCAAGCAAUGGUGGGUUGCCAGAAGAAGGACAAUGAAGUCCUUGAUAUGAUUAUCAAACGGAAAAACUUGGAAAAGAAUAUAUUGUUUUCAGAUCCUACCCCUUGAGAACCGGAUGAAAAAGCCGUCGGAAAUGAAAGGCCUUUUUGGUGUGAUCAACCUCGGCGUCAGCAUCACCGGCGCUUUAUUCGUCGGCGUCGGAUUUCUCGGAUUCUUGGCUUUCGGCCAAGGUGUCGAGGACAGUAUCACGCUUAACUUGUCGAACAGCCCGUUAGCAUCCCGUUUUCUUUGAAGCUUCAGACUCCCUUGUUUAGAGUCUCAGCUUUCGCCAAGGCUCUGUUGCUGAUCGGCGUGUUCAGCAGCUUCGUGGUCCAACUGAUGCCAGUCGUGAGCAUGAUCUGGCCUUCGAUCAAGGUCAAGCUCGUCGAGAGGGAGUGGAGCAGUAGAAAAUGUCUCGUCAGUCAAAUCGUCUUCAGGAUGUUUCUGACUUUGGUGAUUUGUGAGUUUCAUUUAACUUACAUGGGGAUUUGAAGUUUUUGAUCUGUAUCUUAGCAAUAUGUAUAAUAAUUCAUUCACCAGGAAAUGAAAAAUGGUCGCAUUUGAAAUGCCUCAUAGUGUUGUGGGUAAAAAUCAAAUCUAAAACCGAAAAAUCUUCGAAAAAAUAUCUAAACUUCUGGCUUUCAAGUCGUUUUGAGUCGGUCACGCCUCAAAAAACCGCUGCGCAUGGAGCUGUUCUUAGGACAGCCAUGGACUUUCAAGUCAGCACUAAGAAAACUGAAAUGGAUUUUUCAUAACUUCGUCCUAAUUAACGAAUCACGAUUGAUUCAUAACUCAAAAUCCUGGGAAGUUGUUGAGAAGGUAACCAGCAGGAGGUUAGAAGGUCUUAAGAAAGCCUUUGGAAGGCGUUUGGAAGGUGAAAACGAAAAAUGCCUGCCAGAAGCCUUCCAGAAGUCUGCUCGAAAUAUUAUGGAAGGUUUCGGCAGAAUUUUUUCUAAGUAGAAGAUGUUAAGAAGCUAUGUGGAAGGCGUUCGAGCACUUGCUGAAAAGCUUCUGAACGCCCUCCGAAGAACCGAAAACAGAAGCUUCCCAACUUUUACCUGAGGAAGGCGUUUGGAAGCUUUCCAAUAAGCAGUACUUCUGGAAGGCUUCUGGCAGGCAUUUUCCAUUUUCACCUUCCAAAUACCUUCUAUCUACCUUCCGAACAUCUUCCAAAGGCUUUCCCAAGACCUUCUAGCAUCCAUACAUCUUCCAACCUCUUGCUGGUUACCUUCCCAACACCUUCUUAGGAUUCGCCUGAGUCCCAACUUUUACCUGGGAACAUACUUGAAGACUAAAAAAAUUUUUAUUUAAAUUUUCAGAUUUUCUUUGAAAAUUUUUCGUUUCCUUGAUCCUUCAAUUUCAUUUUUCAUUCGAAUGAUUCCAGUCACUGCGGCGGUACUCAUCCCGAAGCUGGAAGACAUGAUUCCCCUGAUCGGCAUGACUUCGGCGAUGAUGCUCGCCUUCACUUUUCCUUCACUUUUCCAUUUUCUUCUUUUCGCCCCUUUAUUCUCCCAAUCCCAAAGCAAAGUUCGGCAUUUCUUCGACCUUUUAUUGGAUGUAUUUUGUUUUUCCCUGGGUAUUUUCUUCAUGAUUGCCGGUGUCUCGGCAAAACUUUGA